AUUUCCGAUAGUCCUCGAAGGCGACUAACAACCGUCGACAGUAACGUUAACUGUUACGGCUUGACACUUUAGCUUUGGAUUGGAGACCAGAAACAGCGUCGGUGUCGUUCAAAGAAAUCUCAUUUCACAAUGUCAGCAGCUGGUCCAGAUGGUUCUGGCGCAGUGUCAGGAAACAAGCGCUUGCAGCAGACCCAGGCUCAGGUGGAUGAGGUGGUGGAUAUUAUGCGUGUUAAUGUGGACAAAGUGCUGGAGCGUGACCAGAAGCUUUCUGAACUGGAUGAUAGAGCAGAUGCGCUGCAGGCUGGAGCCUCCCAGUUCGAGACCAGUGCUGCUAAGCUGAAAAGGAAAUACUGGUGGAAAAACUGCAAGAUGUGGGCCAUCCUGAUAGCUGUCAUCGUGAUCAUCAUCAUCAUCAUCAUUAUUUGGACUUACUCCUAAGACAGCAACGACAGGCGGAGGAGUGGAGGAAACGAUGGAGAGGAAAGGAGAAACGUACAUAAUUAAAGUUUCAGAGGAAAAGUCACGCAACAUGCGAUAACUGGCUGCUGAGCUCCACAACAUUUUUGUCGUGUUUGUGGUUUAAACACGUGCAAGGUUUAUACAUGUGCCUGAGUAAAGGAUUAUCAUAAUAAUGUUUUAUCCUGCAUUACUACACCAUACCAAACAUCUUUAAACUUAUAUUAGAGUUCCAUGUCACUUGCCAAAGAAAACAGAAACAUACAUUCAGAAACGAAAACCUAUAAAAUUUUUUUACUAAAUUAUCUUUGAAUGUAUGACAAAUUACACACGCACACAAACAUUCUCCAAUCCAACCUCAGGACUAGAAGUGAAGAAUGUUGUUAACGCUCCUCAACAUAUAUUAACUUUUUACGUUUUUUUUAAUAGCCAAUGAUUUUGUGUGCCAGGCUAUGAGAAGUGCCUAUCAGGGUAUGCUGUUCUGUGUUAGUUUAGAUUGUGAUAGUACCCCUGCAUAUCAUUUAAGAGACUCCCCUUUUACAAUACAUACACAUUUGUACUUCUCAGAUGCCAACAAUUAGAUAUUUCUCAUUAAAAAAUAAAUGCUGUUUUAUGAUCUAGUGUCGUGCCCGUUCCAAACAGGUCUGUUUUGAAACAGGCCGAUUGCUUGACCUCCGGUAUUUCACCUUUCGAGAACCACUCAUCCAAACGUCACAAUGGACUUCCUUUUGUCCUUAGCAAUACACUUGCCAUGACAAAGUACAUUCCCUAGGAAUGCUAUAUAUGCAUUAUUUGGGUGCAAUCGCUCACUCAAGCAUAGACUGAUAUCAAGCUAACUGCACCCAGCGUGCCAUUCAGCCGUGUAACAGUUAAUAGGGGUCUCCUCUUGAUACACUACACAGUGUGUACUUACACGAGAAUGCAUAUGUCCCGUAGAUCUCAAGAGUGCACAAUUGACACUUCAUUGGGUCCUCAACAAAAUACCAGCCAAGUGUGAAGUUGAACGGUUGUCGAAGGCAUCAAAAGACAUACAUGCAUACAUACUGACAGACUCCCUCCAAUUUAGUUAGAUAGUUACAGUCGACCGGGUAAAGGUGGGCUCUGAAGCCCACCUUUUAUUGUAUUUUAUUUAUACGCAUGGUUUAGUGCUAAUUCAUUUCUUUGUGUAAAACGUUGAUUUUGGAUUAUUUAAGAGGAAUUUCAUUGGUAACCUCAACAAAUAAGCUAACCAGUAACUGAUCAUACCUGUCCUUGUCCAUUUAACUUUCAGGUAGGGCUUAAUUAGGAAAUAGUAUGGGUUUGUGUUGAGAUAAGUGCCUUUUAUAUUAAGACCGACAGCCUCACAGCUAGGUGAAGUUGGAGACACUGCCGUGAAGUUUAAAAAAGGAAAAAGUGCUAUAGUGGGUUAAAAGUGGCAAAUCAGGUGCUCUCAAUGAUGUGCCAGCAAGUUUGACUUUGUGAUAUAUUCAAGCCUGAAAAGUAAGAACAUGUAGUGUUAGACAGAUGCCUUUAUGGGUAUCUCCAAUGGAGACCAACCAAAAUACAGCCACGUCUUAUUUAUCAUAUAAACCAGCCACUAAAAGAGUAGUGCCUUCUGAACUGUCAAGACAAUUACUGUCAGCUCAGCUUAUUUAACCUUUAAUAAAGUAUUCUGUUUAGUAACACUUGCAUUUAUCCCAGCUGAUCGAAACAAAGUGCAUCUUGUGUGAUAUUUUAGUUUUAAUAUUCUUCUAACAAAAGCGCUUUAUGUAGUAUUUUUGUCUCACUGUUGCUAAGCAUCAUAUGUUUGAGUGUCUAGAAAAACUUUGUUGGGCACUGACACCAUUAUAUACCAACACUGGAUGAUUGCAUUCCCUGCUGCUGCCUCCAUCCUUUUCUUUUAGACUGGUCUUCAGUGUGUGUAAGAAACUGUUUACAAUGAGCACUACACAAUACAAUAAGAUGGGCAAUUUAACAUUUUAUAUAGUAUAUAGAUUUAACCAAACUGUAGCCAUUAAGGAAACUGGUCUGCAGACCAAAUGUUUCAUCACAGGUGUGUGGAAUUGUCAUGAUUCUAUAAUUUCUUCUCCAGAAAUGUAAGACCCAGUAACUUCCAACCAUUGCUUAUGUCUAACCCUCUGAGCAUGCAUUUGGAAAUACGUGCAUUUCUACUCUUUGGGUUUAAAUGCCUUUUGCUUGAAUAAAACAGAUGUGAUUUAAAAUAC